UUAAUUAGACGCUGGGGCGGCCCCGACGCUCACUUCCUCACAAACAAGCUGCUGCGCCCCAUCACACCUGACCGCCUCUCCUCACAGGUAGGACCCUCGUACUCUUUUCAUCGUCCCCGCCACCUUGAUCCGCUGCGGCCCCGCAGGAUGCCGAGCCAGCUGGAGGGCGCCAUGGACGCGCUGAUAGCGGUCUUCUACAACUACUCGGGCCACGACGGGGACAAGUUCAAGCUGAACAAGGGCGAGCUCAAGCAGCUGCUGCAUAGCGAGCUCACCGACUUCCUCACGGUCACGUGUUGCCCUGUCUUUCAGUCCCAGAAGGACCCGCUGCUGGUGGAGAAGAUCAUGAACGAUCUGGACUCCAACAAAGACAACGAGGUGGACUUCAACGAGUUUGUGGUGCUGGUGGCGGCCCUCACCGUGGCCUGCAACGACUUCUUCCAGGAGCAGCAGAAGAAAACCAAGUAGACCUCAGCCCUAAACAUGUUUCCCAUUGUUUUUCCAUUCAACUGUAAAUC